AUGGAUGUACCCAGAAGAAAGGGGGAAUGGACUCAGAGUGAAUGUAAGGUGGCCUUGGAACAAGCGGAGUUUUGGUUUAAGCAGGGAAUGGAAAAGCAACAGGUGUAUGUGAAGCUAGAGUCGGCCCUCCCUGGGCGCACAGCUGAAGGUAUCAAGAAGCAGCUACGAAAGCUUGGUUGGCAGCUAACUCAGUACCGGAAGAAAGGCCACAGGCCUGAGGAUGACGGUGGUAAGAUCAAGAGAGGGUCGCGGAAGGCGAAGGUGCUACCUGAGCCGACUGCAGGGUCUGUCCAACGUGGUGCGCCCUCCCUCUGUCUGUGGGAUUCUCCUCCUGCUGAGCAGCAGGUGGAUCUGGAGUUGGUGGAUAUGGAUGGUGGUAUUUUUGAUGAGCUGGUUGGGCCGGAAAUCCCUGGAGGAGUUGGCCCCUCGUCGGAAGAGUUGGUGGAUUUGGUGCCACCUUCACCGGAGAAGCCUCUGCUUAGUGGGAGGCAGAAAGAGUGGUUCGAAUUAAUGCUUGAUACUGUUAUACAAGGGCUUGUGGCUAGCUCGGAUUCGUGGUUGCACUCUGAUCUUCUGCUGGAUCUUGCUCUUAACCUCAGGGCUGGGCUGGUUGACUUUCGGGAAGCCCAGUCCCGCUUUGAAGCCAUUAUGCGGGAUUGGUUCCCAUGUAAGUGGAAAUGUAGAGAGAGGAAAGCGGCUAAGCCGACAGUUGGGCUGAGGCGUAUUAGAAAGUUACAGAUCCUACCAUAUGAAGCGGGGACCAGAAACCGUGCGCGGGGGGUCUCCGCCGAUGACUCUCCGGAUGAGAACACAAGCCAAGUUGCCCUUGGAAGGCCCGGUGCAGAACCUCUUUCCUUUGGAUCUUCUCUUCGUUCCAUCUUCGUUCGGUUGGCCUGGAUCGCGCCGUGA